AACUAUGCAUUUAACACUAACUUCGUUGACCGGGGAUGAUGUAUUUAUGUUGGAAAUAGAUGAUCAGAUGGCAUUGGAGGAUUUCAAAGCAGUCUUUAGUGCAGAGUCUUCUAUUCCAGCUGACAAUGUAGUGUUUUUUCACAACAAUGCACCUCUGGGCGACAACAAAGCAACUCUGGCUUCCUACAAAAUCAAAGACAACGAUAUCAUUGGCUUUCAAACUGUGGAAGCUGGAGCACAAGCAGACCUGAUGUCUGCAUUGGCAUCGAUGGCUUCUCAGGCGCAAAACCGAGGAAACCAGGGUGCGUCAAAUGAGCCGGCCCCUGGAUCAAAAAGAGCGAGGAACAAUGAAGACCCGGAGACAAUACGCCAAGUUUUCCUUUCGGACCCUCACCAAUUGUCCAUUCUCAGAGAGCGCAAUCCUGACCUAGCCAAAAACAUAAACAACCCUUCAUUGUUCAAAGAAGCCUUGCUGAAACAGAGAAAGGUAAUGCAAGAACGAGAGCAAAACAAAUUGCGUCUUCUGUCAAACCCGUUAGACCCAGAAGCCCAAAAGAUGCUUUACGAAGAAAUAAGGAUGGCGAACAUCAAUGAGAACAUGGAAACCGCCAUGGAGUUUUCUCCAGAAAGCUUUGGAACAGUACAUAUGCUAUAUAUUGACUGCAAAGUGAACGGAGUUCCUACCAAAGCAUUCGUUGAUUCUGGUGCACAAAUGACAAUAAUGAGCAAAGCAUGCGCUGAGCGAUGCAAUGUUAUGAAGCUUUUGGACACUCGUUGGGCUGGAGUUGCAAAGGGAGUUGGAGUUCAAAAAAUUUUGGGCAGAGCCCAUAUGGUGCAAAUUGAAAUUGCUGGAACAUAUUUGCCUACAUCCUUUAGCAUUCUUGAGGACCAAACUAUGGAUGUUCUGCUGGGAUUAGAUAUGUUAAGGCGUCAUCAAUGCUGUAUUGAUUUGAAGGACAAUAAAUUGAAAUUCGGCGCAUUAAAUAUUGCCACUCCAUUUUUAUCAGAAGGAGAAUUGCCUGAUUACGCCAAGUUGAGUGCGAACGGAGCCAAUGGCUCCACUUCUGCCGAUGAUUCAGAUCUUAAAAACGCACUGGAGCAAUCCGCAAUAGAAGCAUCAUCGUCCAAGGGGAAAAGCCAAAAUUCUAAUUCCAGUAAAACAUAUUCAGAAGCAGAUCUCGGCAAAAUUGUCGAGCUUGGUUUCAAUAAAUCGGAUGCAAUCAAAGAAUUAAUACGAAAUAAUGGUGAUAUGAACAAAGCCAUUGGCGCCCUCAUGGCCCGUGCCUUAACUCCUCAGAAGUGACCAUCGAUAGAAUUAUAGCUUUAGUUGCAUAAUUCAGGAAAUGCCGACUGACGCUGUUGUCGCAUUCGCUGCAAUCGAUUGAUUUGGUUUUUUUAGCUUAAUUUACUUUUGACCGCUUUGGCGUUUUUCAUAUAUAAAACGCUGCUAAAACUAGAAAAUAUCGAAAGAGACUAUAGCGAGACU